AUGGCUAAAGGAAGUUCUGAAGCCAAGGGAGCCGCCAGCUCUAAGCCUGCUAAGCCUGUUGAGGUUCCUGAGGGUACUGGGGACGCUGGUCCGUCUGGUACUGAUCAUGUCGUUGAAGCUGUAGAGGAAGCCGUUACUGAGCUUGGUUCUGAGGAAAACUCUGAGGAUGACUCGUCGGACCCUAAAGCCUUGCAUGUGGAGGUCUCAACUGCCGUGGAAAGGCUCGCCAGCGUCCGUGUCGUACCCACCUCUGUGGUACGGACCGGGUCUGCGCCGUGUAGUGCCGGGGAAGUGGUUGGUGCAGAGUACGAAAUACCUAGUAGGACCAGGUUAUCCGUCAUAAUUCUGUCGAGGAGCAAGGAUGGGGGUGCGCCAAUGCCGUACCAGACCACUGAUGCAUUCGAGACGGGUGAGGGUACGGUGGUUCUUCCACAUGCUGGAGAAAAGAUCCAAGGUGUUUGUGGAGGGUCCAGAUACCAUGGAAGUCGUGGCACUCUUGUAAUUGCUGGAGGAGGUCAGGGCCAAUGGGCGGCAGUUUCGGGCCUACCAGGAUGCAUCGAACCAGUUGUUGGAUGCAGGUACAUAAUUUUGUUGAGGAGCGAGGAUGGGGGUGAGCCAAUGUCGCACCAGACCACUGAUGCAUUCGAGAAUAACACUGCGCGUAAUACUAAGAAACCUCGCACUACUGCUGGAGGUGGUAUAGGCUCUACUUCUACUGAACCAAAGGGUGAAAGGAAGGAGAGGGCAUCUUGCAAAAAGUGUGGUUACAAUCUCACUAAACGUGAUGGCAAGUGGAAUGGUAAACACGACUCUGUUAAGUGUGCACCAGGCAAGCCAAACUUUGGACACUAUUUGAAAGAGUGUACUACUUGCAAGGGUACUAACGGUUGGCACAAAGAUGAUUGCAAGGACAUGCCGGACGUCCAAGUUAAGCACUGA